UCCCCUGGCUUCAGCUGAUUCUAUUGUGAAAUGUGGAACCUACCAGAAGUUGGGCAGGGGAAGUUGGGCAGGGGAAGUUGGGCAGAGGAAGGUGAUGAAGCGGCGGUGUGUUGGGACGCAUUGGGUUGGGAUACGUUGGGGUGGGGAACAAUAGGCAUGGGCUCAGAGUGGGAUGCAAGAUGCCCACAUCUCAGAAGGUUUUGGAUUCCAAGGACCAACGGAGAGUCGGCCUUUCCCAGGAUAUCCAAACACCAGCGGCUGUACUGCGUAGCCGUGUCUUGUGGUGUUGUACAUUCUGGCUGAAGAAGCUGCAGGUCUUAGCCAUGCAUGUUGACAGCUGAAUAUUUUGUCCUUCUACCGGUAUGUUUGGUGGCGCAUGCGUGUGUGGUCUUCAGUUUCUCCGGAAUGCCAAAAAGACUGCAAUAAAGUGGUAGACCUGAUGAAAGAGUUCUCAGCACCGGAACGUCAACGGGUGGUCCACACUGCCGAGGAUGUGGCACGAAUGCGCACGUCACAGACAGUCCUUGACAAGAGAAAGAAACCCAUCCACGUACCCCAGCCAACCUCGCCUAAGAGCGUAGACCUGAUGAGGAUGCAGAACAUGGGAGAAGAACAACGGCAAGCGACAUUCACUGAAAUCAACCACUUGUUGUCCAACACUAUCAUCAUUGAUGACGUGAAGGACUGUGCAGAUGAGGCAGAGAAGUACCAGGGUCACGUGACACGGGCGGACGGCCAAGUUGAAAAAUCGCCAGCUGAUAUACAUAGAGAGUUAAGUAAGCACCCUUGUUUCAUCAGCAUGGGCACUGGAUCUGCCAGGGACGGCCGCAGCAUUUCAGAGACCAAGCAGUACUUGAAGGAUACUGGCUUCAUCGACGAGAACACGGUCAUCACAGAGAUCACUGAUUAUGAACUAGUCCCUGUGACUAGGGUGGCCAUUCGUGACAGCAAACGACUGAAGUUUAAAGACGAGAGCUCAUCUAUAGUGAAGUUCAUCAUCGACUGUGAAUAUAAUCACACGGCCCCGAGUUUCGUGAAAAGUGUUGUGCGUAAUCUCUGUAAUCUCCUUGGUGAUGAGAGUAUCCACGCCGACAGUGUACACGGCGAGAGCGGAGGCACAGCAGUGUUUGUACAGAUGUCUGCAAAGGCUCAUGCAAGGCUCUGGGAGUUCUGUAAGGAUCAAUCUAGCCUGCUCGCUGGUCUGCACAUUCUCGAAGUGUCAACUGUGGACGGAGCAGUAGUCUUCAAUUUCCGUCCCACGGCAUGCAGUGGCGAAGGUAUUACUCCUGAUGACCAGAAACGCUUGGUUGAAGAGUUCUCCGGGAGAUUUCCAUCCUUGGACCGAGGUGAGCUGUCUUUUGCUGUGGCUGAUCAACCGGAUGUUGAGCAUGCAGUGAUUGCAGCGACUAAGCUCGUCUUCGAUGAAGGCGGAGCAUGCUUGAAUGCACUUCCUGAGAUUCUUGGUGGUGUGGCGACAAGAAAGGCAACUUCGACCUCUGCUCACGUUGAUCAUCCUGAACGGGCCAUUUCAACCCGUGUCUCUGCCAAUACUGGACGUGCAGUAGAAAUCCAGGGAGCUGACAAUGAGCUGUCUCUCCGGCUGCAACCAAGGCCCAAGUGGUCUUUUCGUGGCAGUCUACCUGAUAGCUGGCAAGGUUUCCAUCGUUGUACCAUGUACAAUGGGCAUGCUUACAUUGUGUGCCAGGAAGAGAAAGAACUAGUGAUCUACCGGUCUACUCAUUGUCUCAACGAAAGUCUUACUGUGGCAUGGUCAAGAGUAAUCGCCAUUGACACCCGACUCUUUUUCCUUUGCAAGUCUUUUUGCCUUCACAAUGAAAAAAUGUACCAUGCAAGUAGUGGUUUUUGGGAUGGGAGUAGCCCCAAUAUCUAUGUUGUAGAUCUACAGGGAAAAUGUUGUACUAGAGAAAUACAAUGCGAUUGUAUCCCAGUAGAUACGAGUAUGAAUACAUCUUUAGAACCUUUUGGGGAUGUAUUCAUAACCCAGUCAGCCCUUCUAAUGGUAUGCUUAUGGCGCAAUCAUUUCUUAGAAGUUAUUUCAUUAGAUACCAGACAUGAUGGUGCAGUAUGGGCAAAAUUGGAUCCGCUCAGCAUGCCGGAGCCGCCGGACAGCAUCUGCAGCACUGACGAUACUCUAUUUGUGAUACCAAGCAGAGACCUCAAUGAUACGCAUUUGUCAAUCAUGAAGUUGUGUAGCGUGGCCCAAGUGGUUGGGCACACAACAACCAACAAGUCUCACCAGAGCAAGGAGAAGUGGUUGAAGAAAUGAAGGAUGAUCUUUCUUCAGAGACAGAGCUUUUUAUAUGUGCCAAGACUAAGAGAGUUCAGGUUUCACAUAACAACGAGCAACGGUUUAGACCAAUCAGGAGAUAGAGAGAUGGCACAGAUUCGGCCAAUCAGAAGACAUGUAUUGGAAGAAAGUAAAGAAAAAAAGGAAAGCUUCUGGAA